AUGGUCCAAUGGGGUGGUUUUAUAGAACAGCGCGACGAGGAGCGUGAGGCGCACAAGGAACGCCAUGUCGCAUACUGGGACGAAAAUCACGAUAACCCUGAGCUUGAGCUUUGGCGCUUUGAGACAGGCUUUGACCAUGGCUGGGGUGCCGGAAACAACGAGGAGGAUGGCGAGCUUGCAGAGCAGAGGUUGCAAGAGCAUAUCGACGAGCACGGAGGGCAGGGCGAAGGAGGUCAUGCUUGGGAGUACGAGCACGGUUAUCAGCAAGGACUUGAUGCGUUCAAGAAUUUCCGAAAUAACAACCCUGAUGAGUUCGAAAACCCUCCCGAGGAGUAA